AUGGACGCCGGCGUGCUUUAUCGACUCUUCGAGGCUACUGUGCAUCCUGACCAUAAUGUUCGAAUGCAGGCAGAACUUGAAUUGCGUAAGGCAGAAGAAUCCGUAGGAUUUCUGCCUGGCGUCCUGCAAAUUUUGGGAACCUCUGAUGCCAAUGUUGCCGUGCGUCAAGCAGCUGCAAUUUACUUCAAGAAUCGACUCCAGCGAGGUUGGGAUCCUGAAAGCAAAAAGCCUGUGAAUGAAGGGGAUAAGCUAUUUGUGCGGCAGCACAUACUUCGAGCAAUAGUAGAGCUUCCAGCUAACAUAAGAGUACAGUUGAUCACCUGUCUGGGUCGCAUGCUGCAGUACGAUUAUGCCCAAGGCCUUUGGCCGCAGUUCCUUCAAGACUCGAUGAAUAUGGUACAAGCUCAGGAUCAAGCGUCGGUGUACGGAGGCCUCGCCGCUGUGCAAGAAUUCGUCAAGUGUUUUCAAUGGGCGAAACCUGAAAAGCGGCAGUUUUUGGACGAGCUUAUCGAAAGGGGGCUGCCAAUACUGCACUCAGUGGGAACCAGACUCGUACCCUUGACCGAUGUUGAAGCUGGAGAUAUGUUAAAGACGAUCUUGAAAACAUACAAUGCAACCAUUAGGAUGUCACUUUCAAAGACUCAGCAAGAGUCGUCAUCCUUGGUUCCUUGGGGCACACUAUUCGUGCAAGUCAUUGAGAAAACGCUGCCCAUUGACAUGCCCGCCAUGCCCGCUGAUGCAUUGGAGCGCGAAAAACAUCCGUGGUGGAAAGCUAAGAAAUGGGCGUAUAGCUGCUUAAACACCUUGUUUGAACGAUAUGGCCGGAAGCCCGAGAAAGCAUACCAUAGUUUCUCUAUAGUGUUUAUGGAGCAUUUUGCGCCAAACAUUCUCAAUGUAUACAUGAAGCAGAUCGAGCAAUUGGUAUCGGGGGUCUGGAUGUCUGCAAGAGUCAAACAGCACCUCGCGGAUUUUGUCACUAAAUGCGUGAAACCGGUAGGAACCUGGAAUAUCAUCAAACCCCAUCUGGAAGCCAUUAUUUUGCAAUUUGUCUUCCCGCUUUUGUGCUUCAACGAAGAGGAUGAGGAACUAUGGAAUACAGAUCCGGUAGAGUACGUCCAUAAGAAGAUCGACAAUCCUCUCGAAGAUUUUCGAAGUCCGGUUCACGCAGUGGAGACGUUGCUUUUCGAUAUCGCGAAGCUUAGAUCUAAAACAUUUGUGCCCAUUGUGAGCCUUAUAAACACGAUUAUCGCCAGGUAUGAAGAAACUUCCCAGGAGCAGCGGAACCCUCGUCAUAAGGAUGGAGCUCUAAAGAUGAUGUCAUGUCUUGCUCCGUUGGCACUAGAUAAUAAAUCCCCCAUCAAAGGACAUCUUGAGCAAUUUAUUGUCACACAUGUAUUACCGGAAUUGAAGAGCAGUCAUGCAUUCUUGCGCGCGCGGGCAUGCGAAACAUUGCUAAGCUACGAGGGUCUCGUGUUUGAGAAUGAAGGGAACCAGCAGAUGGCUUUCCGAGGAGUUCUCGACUGCCUUGUCGACUCAGACCUACCCGUCCGAGUGUCAGCGGCCCUAGCUCUGCGGAUAUAUCUAAAAAUCCCGAUGAUCUAUGAAGCAAUGAAACCACACGUUCAAAGUAUUAUUCAAGCCCUAAUGAACCUGACGAACGAGGUGGACAUGGAAACAUUGACACAGGUCUUAGAAACUCUCGUAGCGGACUAUUCCGAAGAGCUGGCGCCGUUUGCUAUUCAACUUGCUACCCAACUGCGCGAUACCUUCGUCCGCUUGAUGGCAGAGGUUAGCACUGAAAACGAGGAUAUGGAAUAUGACGAGUCGUUGGAAGAGAAGACGGCGGCAGCACAGGGUGUCCUACGCACACUGUGUACCCUGGUGCUCGCUAUGGAAGCAUCCCCGCAGAUAUCCGUAGAGCUGGAAGUUAUUGUGGCACCCGCGCUUACUUUUGUACUUCAACAUAAUGUCAUUGAUUUGUACGACGAAACCUUUGAUAUCAUCGAAACGACGACAUUUUGUGCGAAGGCGAUUUCGCGCGUCAUGUGGGACAUCUGGCCGCUGAUAUAUCAAGCGUUCAAAACCGAUGCCGUCGAUUAUAUCGAUGAGAUGGCAAAUUGUCUGGAGAAUUACGUGUCCUUCGGCAAGGAAACUUUCGCACAGAGCAAGGAACAUCAAGAACAGAUCUACGAUAUCAUCCAGACCGUGCUACGAGAGGAUAAUGAGCAUCUCACAGAUACAAAUAGGAGCCGUGCUUGUGAUCUGAUAGAGGCUAUCCUUCUCAACCUCCGUGGACAUGUGGACGUGUAUGUACCACGCUUCCUGGAAUUGGCUCUUCCCUAUAUUCAAAAGAGCGGUCGGCUUAAGAAAGCCGGGUUUAAAGUGCGAUGCCUCGAAGUGGUGAUCAAUGGAAUUUACUAUAACCCGGCGGGUACCUUGGUGUUGCUAGAGCAAAAAGCGGCGACAGCUGCCGUGCUCGAGUUCUGGUUCAAGAACCUUGGUGAUUUCAAGCGCGUGCAUGACAAAAAAUUGUGUAUCCUAGCACUUCUGGCAAUCCUUGACCUUCCUUUGAAUCAAAUUCCACCAUCCCUCCAGGGGCCCGGCUGGACUCAGGUUCUUCUUUGUGUUCUGCAGGUGUUUGAAUCAUAUCCAGAAGCCAUACAAGCAAGAGAAGCAGAAGAAAAAAUGUAUGCCGAGGGUCUGGACGACGAAGACGAGCAGGAUGUGGAAGAAGAUGAGGACGCAGAGAUCUUUUUCACGGAUGCACCUGAUGAUGAUUGUGACGUCCUCGACGAUGACGAUAAAUAUCUUGAAAUGUUGGCUCAUAGUGCCGCUGAGAGUCGGCAAAAUGGGUCCGCGCAAGAUGCCGUUUUCGAGGAUGACGAUGAUGAUUGGGAUGUGGAAGAAUUAGAGGAAGAUGUAUUCUUCACCACCCCGCUCGACCAUAUUGAAGCGUACUCACAAUUUGAAAGGACGAUGCAGCGGCUGGCGGGGAACCCGGAGUCAGCGUCUCUCGUCAGACAGGCCUUGAACGCGCAGCAACAUUCCUUCAUCGAGGCAUUGAUUCGGCAAGCUGCACACAAUCGAGAGAAGAAGACGGCCCAGUAA